GUGUCGAUGGCUGCAGUGGCUCGCACUGCUCACCUGCAGCUUCUCGCGUCGCCCGAUCUCCGCACUCGCUGGACUUGUUCGAUCCGCAGUAGAAAGCAAAGCCGAGUUCCGUGCAGGUGCGGCAGUGGGUAUGGGAUUCAGACCCCGGAUUUCGGAAGGGCGGCGUUGAUCGGACUAGAAUCGAGGAGGCCUCGACGGGGCCGCAGACAUUCUUCAUCGACUGCAGCUCGAGCUUCUGCUUCUACUGCUCCUGCUGCUGCUGCUGCGGGUGGAUCGAGCGCUCGGAGCCUAUGGCACAGCUUCGUCGCAAAGUACUUGGCCGCUGUUUCUAGAGUUCUGACGCAGGUGCAGAAGAUUCAGCUCGGACCUGUCGGAGGGUCGGACAUUGUGGCGAUGGUGAGGCUCCUGCUGCUGGGAUGCACGGCCGUGGUGGCCUACGUCGCCAGCAAGAGAGCGUGGGGCAAGAUCCGAGAGCACGCCGCCGGCAAAGGGGACGGUGGCGGGGGGAGUCCUAUGCAGGUCCUGGCGCGCGGAGCCACCUGCGUGCAAUCCAACAUGGGCCCCUGGUCUCUUGAAGACUUCACCCUCGGCCUCGCCGCCAUGGCUAAGGUGACGGAGAAGGAACCGCCGGCGAUGCCCGGGAAGGAAGUGGAGGCGGAGGCGCGGGACGCGGAGUUUCUGAUGCGGGCGCAGCACUGGAGGGCGCAGGCGGAGUCGGCGUACGUGCAGGACUCGGGGUCGUUCUCGCUCUUCAGCCACCUGCCGGAGUCGGCCAUCGUGGCCUGCGAGUGGCAGCCGUGCCAGGACUCGUUCCGCCCGGCCUACGUCGUGUUCGUGGACGCGCCCAUGGGCGCCGUCGUGCUCGCGGUGCGCGGGACGUCACACGUGAUCGACAUGCUGCUCAACUCGGGCACGUCGCCCGAGCCGUUCUGCGACGGCACGGCGCACGGCGGCUUCGCGCACGCCAGCAACGUGCUCUUCGAGCAGGCGCUGCCGCAUCUGCUCAAGGCCUUCGAGGCGCCCGGCGGCCGCGACAAGAAACUGGUCAUCACCGGUCACAGCAUGGGCGCCGCGGUCGGCGCCAUGUGCGGGCUCCGGCUGCGCGACCGGUUCCCGGACCUCGAGUGCUGGGCCUUCUGCCCUCCGGCCUGCCUCAGCCUCGAGCUGGCGCGCGACUGCGCCGAGUUCACCACGAGCUUCGUCGCCGCGCACGACCUCGUGCCGCGCUUCUCGCUGGCCUCCGUCGAGAAUCUGCGCGAGCGCAUCGGCCGCUUCGACUGGGAUCACGCCGAGGCCGUGGCCCGGGACGAUGCGGACUGGCAGAACAUCAAAAAGGCCCUCGACGCCAUGCGCUCGUGCCAGCGCGCGCAGGCCGAGGCUGUGAAGCUCGCGAGCGAGACGGGCCAGCAGGUCAAGGAAUCCAGAGCUGGGCAGACGGCCAAGGAUGUCGGCAGUCAGGUGGCCGGGUCCGAUGCGGGCCAGAAGGUGAAGGCCUGGGGCCAGACGGCGUACGAUCGGGUGGCCGACUCGGACGUGGCCGACAAAGUCAAGGGCGCCGGGAAGCAAGCCAAGGAUUACAUCGAGGGGAAUGAGAACAGAGACGAGCAGGACGAGAAGCAGCAGAAUUCCGACCCGAUGCCGCCGCUGUAUCCUCCCGGGAGGCUGCUGGUGCUGGGCUGUGACCCUCCUGGCUGCGGCAAGAUGCCGCAGCAAAGGAGUGACGUCGCGACGCAGAGGAAUUACGGCACGUAUCCGACAUUCGACGAGGCCCAGAGCAUUCGCUGGAUCAUGCACGAGGCGCAGCAAGAAGAUCUGGCCGAGAUCGUGGUCUCUCCCUGGUGCAUUUCCGAUCACAUGUUGGGCAACAUGUGCGAGGCGAUUGGCUACUUCCAAGCUCAGUGCCCCCCCGCAAUGGGUGGUCAUCAUUAGUCGCUCGUCCGACCUCCGCGCAAAACUCUGCACGGCAUUGCAACUGGUUGCAAUGCCUCGACGAAGCUGAUUUCUGUGACCACUGUAAAACCACACUGUACAUUAGAGGUCCACGAGGUUUCUCGUUAGCAUUAGUUUGAGCCCGCAUGGUUUAAAGCGAUUUUUUAGAGCAAAGCUCUGUUGGAAUAAGCAGAGAACACAGUUUUGUAUAUGAGGUGUGUGAGAAAUUGUAUGUUCCAUCAAGUUGGUUACCUGCCAACUUCAUAUCAGUUUCCAAUCUUUCUAACGUUGGACCGCAUGAAUGAUAUGACAUCCCUUCAUUAAUUACGCCGACAGUUGACCACUCGUAGUUCAGUGAGAGGAAUUUACUC